AGCAAAUAAGAAAGCAGACAAGAAAGGAAAAACAGCAUGGAGCAGACGUUGCUUACCCUCCAAUGCUUUAGUUUAUUAGAUCAGCAGUGUACAACACCGGUGAUGGUAUAGCUGAGCACGUAACUGUUUUAUAAAGUGAAUGUGAGAGUAGUAGAGUAUAAUCACAAUCUUAAAACGGAAAACAAAGAAGCAAGAUCAAAUAGGUACCACUUGAAGAAGUAUCUUAAUCUAGCAUAGUCGAUUGGUGUCCCAAUUUUUUAAUAGGUACAGCACAGAGGAGCAUUCGUGUAGCUCCCAUCGAUUGGGUUUUCUCUCUGUGUCUCUCUCUGUCUUUCUCUCUCUCUCUCUCUCACAUACAGCAUCCCUCACUCAUUAUCUACACUUAGCUCGUGUACAUGCUACACGCGGCAACUUGCCUACUCGACAGGCUCGCUAAUUGUGCGCCAAAGGACUUGUUCAGCGAAGAAUGGUGGUCGAAUCGAAUCAGGCCAAGGAGAUAGUCUCAGCUACAUUGAGACUUGGACAUGACCUCGCACCAUUAAACGAAGAACAGAGGCCUGAACUUGGAAUUCACACCAUUCCAACUCUGGUUAGUGAGAAUAACAGCUGUAAUGAACCUAAUCAUGCUGAUCUACGAUUGGUCAAACAACAAGAUCGCGCUAAGUGGAGCGGUAAAAUGCAAUUUUUCCUUAGUAUCAUUGGUUAUAGCGUGGGUCUUGGUAACAUUUGGAGGUUUCCUUACCUCUGCCAACAAAACGGUGGUGGUGCCUUCCUUAUUCCUUUUUUUGUGAUGCUUAUUCUCGAAGGAGUACCACUUUUCUUGAUAGAACUGGGUCUUGGACAACGAAUGCGCCAGGGUGCUAUUGGAGUUUGGAACACUGUCCACCCUUGGCUUGGGGGCAUUGGAAUUGCCUCUUGCAUAGUCACUUUCUUUGUUUCAUUGUACUAUAACGUCAUCAUCACAUGGUGUUUCUAUUAUCUCUUCAAUUCUUUCCGAGAGCCAUUACUUUGGUCGGAAUGCCCAAAAAUCAACAAUAAAACAAUUGAAGAGUGCGAAAAAAGUUCCGAGACCGCCUAUUUUUGGUACCGCACAACACUUGAUGCAGCACCAUCAAUUGAAGAUGGUCAGAAUCUUAAAUGGUGGAUUGUCUUGUGCCUUCUUCUCAGUUGGUUCGUUGUUUUCUGUAUCGUCAUGAAAGGCAUUCAGUCUUCUGGAAAAGUGGUUUACUUUACAUCGAUGUUCCCUUAUCUAGUACUAACAAUUUUUUUCAUUCGAGGGAUCACACUCAAAGGUGCCGAUGCUGGUCUUGUGCACAUGUACACUCCUAAGGUGGAAAAAUUGCUGGAGCCUACUGUUUGGUUGGAUGCUGCCACGCAAGUAUUCUAUAGUUUUGGACUGGCUUUCGGAUCUUUAAUAGCAUUUGGUAGUUAUAAUGCGCCCCAAAAUCAUUGCGUGCAAGACGUGUUACUUGUUAGCGCAUGCAACGCCUUCACCGCUAUUUACGCCAGUGUAGUCAUCUUCGCAAUUUUGGGAUUCAAGGCCAUGUCAAACGUAGACAAGUGCCUUGAAAAUAAUAGGAUCCUAUUGAUUAACCAUGGUCUUCUUUGGGAAAAUGCCUCUGAAAUACAGUAUAAUCAGGUGAUUCUCGACUUGAACGCUUCUAUAUCAAAAGUUAACUUAACACUAGAACGUUGCAGCUUAAGUGAACAACUUGAUAAUGCUGCCGAAGGAACUGGCUUAGCAUUCAUAGUAUUCACGCAAGCAAUUGUGGAGCUUCCAGCCGCACCAUUUUGGUCUUGUAUAUUUUUUCUAAUGCUUUUGGCACUUGGAUUGGGUUCGCAAAUUGGUCUUCUUGAAGGGAUGCUCUGUGUAAUAUUUGAAAUUGAUAUAUUCAAGCGUGUGAAAAAGCAGUAUAUUACAGGUGUGUUGUGCUUGACAUCUUUCAUUGUGGGUCUGAUAUUUUGUACUGGAGCAGGCGAAUACUGGCUCAAAAUGUUUGAUAGCUUCGCUGGUACAAUAGGCCUGGUACUAGUGGCUUUAAUGGAAAUUAUAGCCGUCGUUUUUGUUUACGGGCAUAAAAAGUUCACACAAGAUAUUGCAGAUAUGACGGGUUAUCGACCAGGAUUAUAUUGGCAGGUGACAUGGAGGUUUCUCGCUCCAAUAAUUAUGGUUGCUAUUUUGAUUACCAGCGUUAUAUCGAUGUUUAUAAAAAAACCAUCUUAUAGUGCAUGGGAUGCUUCAUUGGGUUUAACGAUACUAAUGGAUUAUCCAGAUUGGGUGCUUGCUAUAGCAGCAGUUAUUAUUUUAGUCGGCAUAGCGCCAAUCCCCGUGGUAUUUUUAUUAAGAAGAUUUCAAUGGAUCAAAUUUGAUGUAAAUAUCCAUCAAGGCAGUAUACGCCGCAUUGAAACUACUGUUUCUACGAAGGAAAUGAUGGGUGAUGUUGAUAUGGAUGAAGGUCAUGACCGACGUGAAGGUUUUUCUGAAGAAGAUGAAGAUGUCCUAAGUGAUGAUGAUAAUAAUGGCUCAUCUACACUAUCAAAAAUAGCUUCGAAAAAUAUGAAAGGAACAGGUUUUAGAAUGGAAGUUAUCAGUUUUUAAAGGAUGUAUUUGAUAAUAUAACGAUUGAAAUUUUGUUUUAUUUUUGACUAUUUAAAAAAAUGAUAUCCCGUGAUGUACCAAUGUAUUCCCCUAUAUUUGUACUUUAAAAAUAAUAAUUAAGAUCCACUACAUACGUAUAUAGCGCACUAAGAGAUACAGUAAAUGAAC